ACAUAAGUGUUACUGCAAAUAUAUAAAUCUGGCAAAGCCUCGAUUCAAUCUAAACAGGGAUUAAUUUGACGUCGUCGCCAUGUCUUCCUCCCUUCUCCAUCCUUCUAGUCAAUUACCUCCAGCUGUAGCCUUGCAGCAAUCACAGAAGGCCCCUGGUAUUCUUGCAAAUUCUACAGGUGCUAUAUCAUCUUCUGUCUUUCAAUCUCUUCUCUCUGCUCCCGAAACGCCCGAGCUAUGGACCAUAUACGAGAAUCUCCUGCUGUCCUGCCUUCGGACACGAGACGACGAGUCCGCCCAUUCAUGUCUAGCGAGGCUUGUGAAUAGAUUUGGUAACGACAAUGAACGCAUCAUAGCCUUAAUGGGCCUUCUUAAGGAGGCCAGUGCCAAUGAUGCCGCCACUCUUGAUGCCAUCUUGAAAGAGUAUGAGCAGAUCUUGCAGGACAAUCCCACCAACAUUCCUGUAUUGAAACGUCGGGUAGCUCUUUUACGCUCUAUUGGCCGCAUUUCCGAGUCCGUCAGUGCUCUGGUAUCGCUUCUCGAUAUCUCGCCUACGGAUGCAGAAUCCUGGGCCGAGCUUGCUGACCUAUAUUAUUCCCAAGGCCUGUACCCCCAAACCAUAUUUGCGCUCGAGGAGGUUCUCGUCCUUCAGCCGAAUGCCUGGAAUGUGCAUGCUCGACUAGGCGAGGUCUUAUUUGUUUCGGCCACGUCGUCAGAUAAUGCAGGUCAACUAGCCGAAGCCUUAAAACGAUUUAGUCGAAGUAUUGAGCUUUGUGAUGGAUAUCUACGAGGGUAUUACGGUCUUAAACUAACUACAAGGCAACUUCUAGGCAAUGCUCGGAAAGUGACACCAAGCCAGGCAAAUUCUGAUGGUUUCUCUGUGCCCGACUCAGCUACGGUUAGCAAACUUGAUGAAGUGGCUACCGAGAAGCUCACAGAAAUCGUGCGACGCAGUUCAGCAGGAGAAAGAGGCUGGCAAGGUUACGAUAAGGCCGAAAUCCAAGCCGCGCGAGAACUCCUCGAGAAAAGCACGGAUACGGUUAUUAGAUGAGUAUCUUGGAAGAAGUUGUGAUGUCUGAAGAGCCGCGCAGCAAAUUCUCGGGUAGCUCCGACAUGUUGCACGCUCCAGCUCAGUUAUUCGCAUGACCGAUUUGCUUACGAACAAAAUGUAACCUUGGAAAUCUUUGCAUUGUACGACUAUCAAAGACAGAGGACCUGCAUUUGAACAUUUGAGCAUGUGCAGGGGCGUAAAAGCUCCAAU